AUGGCCCUAGCGACUUCGUCUCCCCGGCUACUCGAGCCCGGAUUGACCGUCACAUCUUUUGAAUACCAACAGUCUCCCAUACCUCGCUCCCUCACCAAAACGAUCAGCCCCCUUCCACCUACCACUCCUUCAAGGCCCAAGGCGAUGAUGAGAGUCCCGCAAUACUCUAGCUCGGAGCGCAGCACGCAAAACAUUCCAAGUAGCCCGCCGAGAACGCAUAAACUCGACUCUCCAACCAGCCCGAUCGCCAAACGACGUCGCACAACCUACCGAAGCCAGGGGUCGCCUACUCAGGCGCCGAGAAAGCUACCCAUCAUCGACCACUGGUCUCCUGGACCUAAACAUGAUUACGCAUCCAGACAAUCCUCGAAGCAAUCCUCCAGAGGACACAAUCAUCAUCAAGGACAUGAAGUUGGACGCCUGUGGCCCUUGAGAGUACGAGGAGAUGCCAGAGAGCCUAAGGUAGAAGAAGCUACGGAGAAGGAAACCAACAACGUGAUCAAAAAGCUGUUCCCUUUGCGACAGGUUACUUCCUCCUCGACCAGGACGAGAGAGCCGAGUUUGCCAUUUGUUUCGGUCACUGCUGUACGGGGCUUGGCCUACCGAGAGGAGGAGGAGAAGCUGUGCUAUAAUUGUGGGAGGAAGGGGCAUUCGUUUAUGGAAUGCGUGGCGGGGUGCGGAAGGUGCGAAGGGGAUGGACAUAGGACGAUGGAUUGCAGUAUUGUCGGCUUGAAGCAUGGGUUGCAGAGGCGGGAGACGAUCAAGCGGGGGGUAGAAAAGCGCCUGGAUUGA